AUGGUUUCGGAGUCCGACAUCAAGCCAUGGUUCCAAGGCCUGGCGCCCAAUCGUCUUCUGGUCAACGCCAAUGUCGUCGACGUGAAGUCGGGGACUAUUAUACCCAAUGCAAGCGUGGCCAUCAAGGGUGACACUAUUGAAUCGGUCAUGACUUCGCCAGCACAGGAGGACGCCUUCCCUGACUACUCCGUCAUCGACUGUCGGGGAAAAUACCUCUGCCCCGGCUUGUUCGACGCACACGUGCACUUCUGCGCCGUGCCGGGCUUCAAGGAUCUCUCAAAGGCGUUUGGAAACCACCGCGACGUGUCGCUUCUACGACAGCCUUAUGUGGCAGCACAGAUGCUCUACCGAGGCUUUACCAGUGUGCGCGACUGCGGGGGAGCGCAGCUGGCCCUCAAGGAGGCCAUUGCCGACGGGGUAUUUCCCGGCCCACGCCUCUUCAUAUCGGGCCACGCCAUCUCCCAGGCUGGUGGCCACGGUGACAUCCGAGGCAGCCACGACGACGACCUCGAGUGUUGCGGUGGACACACCAACGGUCUCGGCCGCGUAUGCAACGGUGUCCCCGAGUGCAUCCUGGCCGUGCGCGAAGAGAUCCGCUCCGGCGCAGACUUUGUAAAGAUCAUGGGCUCAGGCGGGGUGUCGACGCCCACCGACGCGAUCGAUCAUCUCCAGUUCACCAGAUCCGAGAUCCAGGCCAUGGUGGAGUGUGCCGAAAAUGCGGGCACGUAUGUCACGGCCCACGCAUACACGCCCAAGGCUAUCCGUCACUGCAUAGACAACGGUGUGCGCGGCAUCGAGCACGGCAACUUUAUCGACGAGCCCACCGCAAAGCUCAUGGCUGAGAAGGGCAUCUACAUGACGCCGACUCUAGUCACCUACGACCAGAUGGCAUCGGAGCAGUGGAAGGGAUACCUGCCUCCCGAGUCCCAGACCAAGAACACGGCCGUGUUCAGGGCUGGUCUGGAGGCCAUAGAGAUUGCGUGCAAUGCCGGUGUCACCUUGUGCUACGGGAGUGACCUCCUCGGUCCCAUGGGAUCGGCCCAGACUCAUGAAUUCACUAUUCGCUCGCAGAUCCUCUCGUCUACGGAGGUGCUCCAGAGUGCCACUCUCAACCCAGCAAGGAUGAUGGGAAGGGCGGAGUCGCUAGGUCAGAUCAAGGAGGGAUUCAUUGCUGACAUUCUUUUCCUAGAAAAGAACCCACUCUCGAAUGUCUCGAUCCUUGAUCAGCCAGAGGCGAACCUACUGGCCGUGAUGAAGGAAGGCAAAGUGUAUAAGAGCAGGUGGGAUGGUCGUAAAACCUGCGCCGAGUAA